CGUUCACAGUCUCUUUCAUUCACUCCUACGGGCAGGAGGGCCUUAUGGUGCGGUGAUACUGUUUAACUUAUUUGAUCACAGUGAAGAGAAGAAAUAUAUAUCGAGCUGUGUGCGUCUGUUUUCAAUAUCGCCGUUUAAAAGUUACACACCAACUGAUGUUUCUGGGUGAAUUCAACUGACUUGUUUCCUACCUGGUAUCUGCUUGUGCAUUGUGUUUGCUGCUGCCCAACGACCAGGUGUGCCACAAUAGGAAUUAUACAAACUUCGGCUCUUAAGAGGGGCACUCAUAGCACAAUGUCGAGGAUGCGUGAAUACAAGAUUGUGGUGUUGGGGUCAGGAGGUGUUGGAAAAUCUGCACUUACAGUUCAGUUUGUGCAGGGCAUCUUUGUCGAGAAAUAUGAUCCCACGAUAGAAGACUCAUAUCGUAAGCAAGUGGAAGUGGAUGGCCAGCAGUGUAUGCUUGAAAUCCUUGAUACUGCUGGAACCGAACAAUUUACAGCAAUGCGUGACCUUUAUAUGAAGAAUGGACAGGGCUUUGUUUUGGUGUACAGUAUCACCGCACAAAGUACAUUCAAUGAUUUACAAGAUCUCCGUGAACAGAUUCUCAGAGUCAAGGACACGGAUGACGUCCCAAUGAUCCUAGUGGGUAACAAGUGUGACUUGGAGGAUGAGCGUGUUGUUGGGAAAGACCAAGGCCUCAACCUGGCCAAGUCCUUCUCUUGCGCCUUCCUAGAAUCAUCUGCAAAAGCUAAGAUCAAUGUCAAUGAGAUCUUCUAUGACUUAGUCCGGCAGAUUAACCGCAAAUCCCCCGACAGAAAGUUAAACGGAAAGAGUGGUAAUAAGAAGAAGUGUUGCCUUUUAUAAGGUUGGAUAUUUACUCAUUAUAAGACUAGGUAAAGAAUGGCUGGAUGUUAUGCCUUCAUCCUCUCAGGUGUAACUUGUGAUUUUGUGUUCUGUUGCCAAGACAUGCUGUAACGUAAUCAUUCCUAGGAAUAUUAUUGAAGAGCUAAUGUGUAUAAGUGUUUAGAAGUGAAAAGCAGUGUGUGUGAGUGUGAGUGCAUGUAUGUGUGUGUGUAAGUGAUUAAAGCAUAAUUUCUUAUCUCUACUUUAAAUACAAGUCUGGAAGUGUAAUCAGUGUGAGAAGGCAAAAAUCUUGCAUACCUUGGUAAUAGAAACAAAAUUCACAGUAAAGAAAAAAAAAGGCUGGUGCCCCACGCAAACUUGUUACUAUGUUACACACCAUGGAAUGGACGUGUGGCCAGGUGGUGUAAUGAAGUAAACAAUUCACAUUAUUAUCAUUAUUAUAAUUAUUAUUCUACACAUAAUUUUAAAUGAACCUUUUUUUUUUUCUCCUUACCAGUAUAUUAUUAUUAUUAUCAUUAUUAUUAAUUAUAUAUUUUUAUUACUGUUGUGAUUGUUAUGAUUAUUAUUGAAUAUCCACUUUUAUUUUCGUUAUUUUCUGUUUUACAAGUCUUACACAUUGGCUAUUACUAACUGAUGAUAUAAAGAUAGUUUCUUUAUUGUUGUAUAGCAUAUUAUUUUUCAUUGUUUUGAUUAUUUUACUUUUGCAAUUUUCUCGUUUUUAGCUUGAUGGAAAGUGUGCUCCAUCCAGCUACUGAUCUGUUAAUUUUGGGCACAUUUUUUAUAGUUCCAAGAUCAAUCUAUAUUUGGAUGGUUAUAUGAUACACUGGUUUUAGACCUUGUUGAUCUGCAAAUGAAUAAAGUAGGCAUAACUGCUGUGCACUAUUAUUAUUAUUUUUUAUAUAAUUGUCUCUCAUGAUAUUAAAAUUUAUUGACUAUCAGUGAAUUUCCAAAGUUACCCUAGUCGAAGUGUUAUUUUGUUAAGCACAAAGUUGUGGAAAUAAUUAUAUAUAUAUAUAAACAUUGGGAGAACAAUUUCUUUGUAUGUGAGAGACAGAUUCCACUAUCCAUCCUCAUUGUAACAAUUCAUACCAUAUGUAAGAUAUAAUGCAUUAUGAGUACAUUUUAAAGUUUGUACUAGGCCUCCAAAUGUUGAGUAAAUUCUAGGUUGAUCAUUUUGACUUGAAUACAUGGGGGAUAUUUUGUACCUUUAGUAGCUUGUAGUUUGUUAACCCCAUGUACAGGUUACUACGCACAAGUUGCUUAUUAAGGGACCCAAGAGGCUUGUGUCAGGUAGGGAGGGGACAGUUUUGUCUCUUUAUUGGUUGCAACAUGAUAACUAGCCGAAGAUUUAAAGUACUUGGAAUUUUUGAAACCCAUUUGGUUGCACACUUCUUGUGCACUUGUGAUGUAAUAAGCCUUCUUGAAGUGGAAUAAUGCACCACCGUUUCGUGGUCAUAUAAUAGAAAAAGGCAUGUAGAAGAAUAUGCUAUGGAGAUGUUCCCUCUCAGUCUUCUGUAAAUCUUUAAAUGUUAAAUUCUGGUAAAGCCUACAGUUUGAUGUGGUGUUAGUGUGCUAAUUGUCAACCUGAUUUCUGCCCUGCUGUCAACUAAUAGCUUAUAAAAUAAAAAGGGAUUUGGAUAUUUUAUGCCCAGACCAAACGGCAUACUUGUACAUAACUUUACUCUGUAUAUUAUGUCAUGCUAUAAACAGUUAUAUAAACCAGACCUAGCAUAACCCAAAAGUGAGACAUAGGAUGUGUAGAGCCACUACAAGACAGCAGCAGCUCUUGUAAGGAUGAGUGGUACUGAUGAUUUAUAACCUCCAUCCCAGAACCCCCAUCUCUCACUGCCAGUCACCACCUACCACCUCCAUCACAGCAAACUGUUCUUCAGAAAGUGGUGAAUGUUGCCAUACAGUGCAACACUUCAUAAUAUUGCAAUUUACCAAUGAAUAUUCAGUAUAUCAUUCAUUAUUGUUUUCUACUGAUUUUCAUGCCACUCUUUACCAUGUAAGGAUAUAGACUUCAUCUGAAAAUAGCCCUAGGGAUGCAAAAUCCAAUAUCUAGUUAAGUUCUCAAAAGAGAUGUGAUAUAUAUGUAUGCAUUUUGAGUCCUGUCAACUCUAGGGUCAUUUUAAGAUUAAAUUUGCUAGUAAUCCAUCAGAAUAUUAGCGGCUUUAUACAAUAUUGGAAAAGCUUUACUGUUUGGUUUCAAUCUGAUAAAAGUGAAAUAUAUCGUGUACAUUGUUUAAA